UUUUAGAUACAAUCUCAGCUUCAGUUUUAAUUCAACAAAUUUCAACAGCUUUUAUGGAGUAAAAUUUUUAGUUGCUCGUAAACAGCUGGCGCGUUUAGAUCGCAAGAACGCUUGAAUAACUUUUAUAAAGCCGUGUUUAGUUGUUGUGGAUUAAAAACAAUUUGGAUUUGCUUAAUUAUUUUGUUGUUGUUUAUUUUUUUUUUAGUUUGUGUUUUGGAAAAACAAAAAAAAAAAAACCCUAAAUGGGUGCGUUUUAUAAAAGUAAAAUUACUACAACAAAUAUACCGAAAAACAGCAACAAUAAUAAAACAUUAAAAAUAAAGUUUUUAUACCAAAUAAAUGAGCAGAUCAUUAAAGUCAUUAGCUAAAAGAUACGAAGGUUAAUUGCAUAAAGCCAAAGUGUUACAACGAACAAAAUCUUAAAAAAAUUAACAAAAUUAAAUCUAUUUGAGGAAAAAAACUUCAAGCGAAAAUUCGAAGAAAAACCAAAGUGUUUGUGUGUAUUGAAACGGAAAAUCUUAACGCCCGCGUUUUACAAUGUCAUUCUUUCGUAAUUUGCGUUCAUCUAUAACGCGCGGUCGUUCAUCAUCUCGCGAUACCACUCCCGUACGCAACUCCCGCCCAGGCAGUGUUAUUAGUUCACUUAAUAGUGGCAGCGGCAAGCGUAGAGAUUCUAUAGAAUCACGUUCCGAUUCUUUAUUUAAUCGCAGCGAAACGUUUAUUCUGGAUGAACCCGAUAUAACACCCUGUCAUUCAAAUUGCUCUACUUUGGAGAAAAAGUCUAAGAAAUCUAAGGUUCUAGAGAAAUUUAGCACUUUUACGAAACGCAAAAAGACUCCUGCAACGGAAACAGCUGCCUUUGAACAUCAUCCCAGUGAUAAUGCCACCAAUACCUAUUACAAAUGGCAGGCUGAUGGAGUCAAUAGUUUGGAUUAUGAUUCUCAAAAUGAUCCUUUUAAUUUCCUUUACGAACAACAAUCCAGUUUGAAAUCUUUACAUAAUAACAGCUCGUCUUCACAAGCAGAUUCCUUGAAAUCGACCAGUUCACCUUCUACUACGAACUUUGAUUCUUCCACAUAUCGUAAAAGUAAAAUGCCGAAUGAUUUGAAAAAACAAUUAAAACUCUUAAAGGAUCAAGAUUUAAAUAAUAAGGAAAAUGAUGUGAAAAAGAUAAAAGAACCUUUGGCUCUGCAAGAAAGAGAGAAUGAAGAGGAAGAAGAAGACCAUAAAGCAGAUAAGUAUAAAACUGUAACUUUAAACAGUUUUCGCAAGUCAUUUCGGGAAAAGUUUUUGCAACAACAAAAAGAGGCGGCUUAUAAUCCAGCCUGGUUUGUGCAGGUUGAAAAUCCCGAAUUAAAUAAGAAUAAACUACAGCAAAGAGAGAAUUCCAAGGAAAAUCGUAGAGAUUUGUUGGUAUUUGAAAAUGAUAAUUACAGACCCGGCUCUAGAUCUCCUAUAAGGGAUUUAAACAAUCGCAAGGCAGUGAGAUCACCUACACGUUCACCCGUAAAACGUAAUGAAACUUUUAAAGUGGAACGUUUAAGUCGUUUAGAUAAACAAAACUUAAAAACAAAACCAGAUGAUUCCACACCCUCCAUUCGCAUAGAAUUUAAAAAUUCCAUAACGCCUCAUAUACCAGGACGUAUGGUACCGGUAGGAGUAGCUAAACCCAUGCCCUCACAACUAAGUAAUACGCAAUAUUAUCAAAAAACUGAAACAACACCCAUGAAUACUUCCUACACCAUAAAAUCUUCAGUAGGAAAUACUACCACUACCAGAUUAAACAAUCACUCACCCAUUCGCUCACCCUGGUUAAAAGAGCAAUCGCCUUCUCGUAACAUCAUCAAUAAUACAACAACACGUCCAGGACGUUAUCAAACCCUAGUUCAAAUUAAAAAUGAGAAAACACGACAAGCUUCACCGGUAACCGUGCGCAAUAGUAGACUUUCCACACGCAUACAACUGAGCUCGAAUGGACCUUCGAAUUCAGAGAGAAAAAAUAACUUACGCUCUGUGUCACCAACUUUUGGCAAACGUUACAAUAACUCUCACUUGCUCGGCACUAGUAAUACAGGAUCAAAAGCACAACCUUUAAAACAAACCUACUUUGGUGACACCCCCCAAACAGCAAAAAUCAUACAGACAACACCUUCAUCUCAACUGAACAGCUCAACAAAUGGUUUAAGAACAACCCGUAUCGUGGGAACACCAGCCUAUGGUAACUAUAAAUAUCAGCAUACACCAUCAUCGUCACUCUUUUCGUCGGCCACAACUUUGACACCAUCAACAUCAUCACGCUCAACGCCUUCAUAUUCUGUCAACAAUAUACACAGCAGCAGCCACAACAAUCUCUCCUAUUUGAAACACUAUCAACUACAACAAACACCGCCACAGCAGCGCAAACAACAGCAGCAGCAUCAGCAUCAAUCGCGUAUUAUGGUGGCAGGGCAGAGGCGUUCUCGCUCUCCAAUUAAAAUACCCUGGCGGUAGGCGUAGAGUUUGUUAGAUUCUUAAGUUUGUAGUCUAGAAUUUGAUUAUUCUUUUAUAGAUUUUUAUAGAACUGGAAUUUUUGUGCAAUAUUUUUUUUUGUAUUUAAACUUGUGUCUGUUGUUUUUCCAACUUGUUGUUGUGUCUAACUUUAUAAAGAAUUUUGCUUAAAAUUUUUAACAAAUACGGGGCGUUAAUUUAGUCAUGAUUUGGUUGAUUGUAUUUUUUUAAAAUUAUUUAGCAUUAGGCAAACAUGAUAUUUUAAGCCAUAAGGGUUGCCAUGUUACGAGAGGAUGAUGAGAGAUGAGGGGAAAUUGAUUUGUGUUAUUCCGCAGUUAUAUUUUUUUGAGAUCGACUAGACUAAGAACUAGACUAUUGACUAGA